AUGGUUGCCCGACACCUACUGAACAAAGGCGAUGAUGUCAUCACCGUUGGGCUAGACGAUACAACAAAGGCAGCCGGACACAGAUUAUUCGACAUCAAAACUGACAGUAUCACAAUCACACAAGCCUCUGGCGAGAAAAGGUUGCUCACAACAGGUUACCUUGAAAACGCUUCACAUGCUGGCAAAGCAGGGGCAGAAGCUUACAACUUCAACCUACAGUGCCUCGCUAUAUUAGCUGGCUCAAGUGUUGAUGAAAUAAAAAGCAAUAUUGACUUCUGGAUGACGGACCGGGCAGCUGACUGCUCAAAGAUGUUGACUAUUCUCGGUAUUGAGCCAGCAAAGUUUCUGAAAUGCUGCGCCCAUCUACUUCUUUGUAUUGAUCACAGUAUCGACAAGACUUUCAGAGACACAGAACAGAUAACUGGCUUUGACAAACUGAUUAACGCAUCCAAGAUACUACACUCUACUUCAUACAGUCUCCAUACGCUCGGCUUGAUCGCACUGGCUAAACUGAUGUCACCUAGCCAUGCUUCUCAUUCUGUGUCCUUACACAACCAAUUCAAGGAAUGGCUCGCUGGACGAACAUCCCAACCGGUCCAAGAUGUGAAACAGUUGGAGAAAGACUUCUUGGCGACCGUGAAAAUGGCAAAACGGUUAGCACUACUGAAGAAAGAAGAGCUGAAAAAAAAACGAAACGAAAAAAUGCUGAAGGUUUUGGAGUCAUGCAAGACACAUAUAGGAUCAGUAACACCGACAACGAUUAACCUGCUUGACAGAUUAACAGAGAGUCAACUCAUCACGGAAAUAUGCUAUAUACGUCUUACAAUCUGCCCAGAUAUACACCAAAAACGACGAAUAAAAUUACCAAAUGGUCAUUUCAAAUUUCAAACAUUCUCCAAAGCAGAACUCAAGCAAACCAUCAUUACCGUUAUCAAGCCCGGAAAUAAUGUUGUGGAGAAUAUUGAUGAAAUCGUUAAAGACGCUCUUAAAUCUCAUUAG